GUACUUCGUUCGCGCAGCCAAGCACGACUUUCUUUUUCGAUUUUACAGUAUUUCCAGUUUAUAUUAUCUGAUUAUUCGUAUUUUAGGACCGUAUUUUAUUCCAAUCUUUGUGCUGUUGACAAUCAGAAACUAUUGGAACAAGGGACCGGAACAAGUAGGUGGUUACAGAUUGAGAACCAGACAAUUCACGUUGAUGUAGCUCAUCAGAGCAACAGCAACUGUCGGUGAGAGUACCUCGGCAACAGACGACAUGGCAACAGGUGGAGAUGAUAAACGUGGACACAUCGUGACGGAGAAAGGAAGGAUGAGAAGUGUGUUUGGAUUUGACUUCUCAGACUUUCAAAGCUGGUUGUCAUUGAAUCAAUGGCUACAUGCACCAAGGCAUCCAUCGAAUCUUGCAGCACUUCGAGUUGCAUUUGGUUUAUUGAUGGUGAUUGAUGUGUUCACAGAGCGUGGCUUUCCUCAUGCUGAGCGACGAUGGGGUUCGACUGACGAGUGUCAGUUUCCUCUCUUUGACUUCCUGCGCCCGCUGCCUCUUCCAUGGAUGUUUGUGGCGUACCUCGCUCUUCUUGCAGGUGCCCUUGGCAUCAUGUUUGGCUUCCUGUACAAGUUGAGCUGCCUUGUCUAUAUGACAAUCUACUGGUACAUCUUCCUGCUGGACAAGGUGUCGUGGAACAACCAUUCCUAUCUCUAUGGUCUCAUCAGUCUCCAGCUGCUGUUGAUUGAUGCCAACAGAUCAUGGUCGAUUGAUGGACUUAUUUGGCCAAAGUUGAGAAAUUCCCAUGUGCCAUCGUGGAACUAUGGUCUACUUAGAUUCCAAAUUUUCAUUGUCUAUUUCAUUGCUGGCUUGAAGAAGUUGGACUUUGACUGGGUGACUGGCUACUCGAUGCACAGUCUAUCUGAGCACUGGGUAUUUAUGCCGUUUAGGUCACUCAUAGGGAAAGAAAACACUGAUCUAUUUGUGGUGCAUCUCGGUGGCCUCACCAUCGACCUCUUCACAGGCUUCCUCCUCUACUUCAGCAAGACGAGGAAACUAGCUUUCCUCUUCGGUGGCUCGUUCCAUUUGAUGAACUCGAGGAUGUUUUCCAUUGGCAUGUUUCCAUACACCAUGCUCGCCACAAUGCCCAUCUUCUCUGACACUGAUUGGCCAGCUCGCGUCAUGAGGAAAGCUCCAACAUGGCUGCGCAUAUUCACGCCACUCGACGGAGAACCGCAGAGGAAUCCACAUUGCUUGUAUUCAAAGGAGGAAAUCAAACCAGAAGAAAAGCACCAGACUAGUAGCAGCCAAGACAAGGUUGGCAGCGAUGUCCUGGUCCAUAGUCAUCCCAAGAUGUACCACAGCUUCAUGUCAGCUCUCAUCAUCGUCUACGUCACAACACAGUGUAUUCUACCGUAUUCACAUUCUAUCACAAAGGGCUACAACAACUGGACCAAUGGUCUCUAUGGCUACUCGUGGGACAUGAUGGUUCAUAGCUGGCGGACACAGCAUACAAGGGUGUCAUACAAGAACAAAGAGACUGGUGAGGUUGGCUUCCUGAAUCCUGAGGCAUGGAUUUACCGUCGUGACCGCUGGACCUCUCAUGCUGACAUGGUCAAGCAAUAUGGUGUGUGUGUACAGGAACGGCUCCGAGAUUACAACCUCACCAACAUUGAACUGUACAUCGAUGUGUGGAAGUCGAUGAACAAAAGAUUCCAACAAAGGAUGUUUGAUCCAAGAGUUGAUAUCCUAUCAGCGGAGUGGCACCCUCUCGAGGAGACAAGAUGGCUCUUCCCACUCUUGACGUCACUUUCAGACUGGAGGGAAAAGCUACGCUUGAUAUCAAAAGAACUAUCAAAGACGUCGAAUGACACUGAUAUUGUGUUCGUGGCAGACUUCCCUGGUUUGAUGCUCGAGAACUACGUCCAAGACGACUUUGGAAAUACAAGUCUGAGCGUGCUGAAGGGUGAGGUCGUCGUUGAGGUUUUACAAGACAAGAAAAAGACAAAGAAUAUCACACUGAAAGAAGGGGAUGAGACUAAGCUUCCUGCAGGCCAGUUCCAUAACGUCCACACUGUGUCCACAACUCCCUCCUGUUACAUGUACGUCUAUGUCAACACAACCCAUCAGAAGUUUGAGAAGAAGUUCAUUGAAUUUGAGAGUAAGGUGAAUGCAUCGACUGAGAACGGCACCAAGGAAUUGACAGAUGCCACCUUAUUGAACGACCAACUCUACCCGUUCUAUCAGAAGUAUCAGGAGCGUCUUGAGUAUAAGAGGCAGAGAAAAAGUAUUACAGCAUUUCAGAUGUUCCGAUAUCGUCUCGUCAACUUCCUUGUUGGAGUUCACCACUCGCUUGUAUUAUCACACGUGGCCUUGACCUCCAUCUACUCAGGUGAGCCAAUGGUUGAAAUCAUCAUGGCAACGAACGUGUCAACAAAUCUUGACGGAAUGAAAGACAACUUUCAAUAUUGGCUUGGAGUGGAGGCAGUGGAGACGAUAUUAGAGCUGCCAUCGAGGGAGGAUUUGUAACAAAGAGUAAUGCUUUAGAUAGGCACUAUCGUCUAUCGUUCAUCAAGUAUUCUGGUAUCUGACUUGUCCUCGAGAGACCAAUUGGGUUACCAGUAAUGGAAAUCAAUCGAACACCACGGAAUAUCUAUGACUAUCUAUGGGUAAUGUUGGAUAACCUUAGUCCUAGCCUAAUUAAAGAAGGAUACGCCCAAAAUCAGAUUAAGCUCCUCGGAUGGCCAAGCUUUAGGUGUGACCGUGUGGGAUGACUGUGAAGUCAUUCUGAGGUGUUUUGUUGAAAGAACAGGAAGGAGCAGGUAGAUCACUUCCAUCGUGGGAACAGCUACGCUUAAAACUCAGUUCUUUUUGACACAUUCGCAACAGUGUUUACAUUUACGAGAUGUUGUGAUGUGUCGUUAUUGUUGUACUUAUAAAACUUUUUCUGGUCAGCGCAAACAAUCAAAAUUUGAUAUUAAACUCACUGGUAUCAAGACUUGAUAAAGACUUGCUUGUAUGUACCAGCGAUUUGGUGGGUCUCCAUGAUCAUCAAGUUCACUGUUCUUCCUCUCAGUCAGUUGCCUGUUUUCACAUGACUGUUGAGAUCUUGUCAGUUGGUUCGUGUGCAUUGUGUCCAACGAGGUGCAGACACAUCUCAGUGGUUGUAUAUCAGUCAGGAUACAAAACAGCAUUGUUCAGUUGGAAUUUGAAUUCAGUAUGUAUCGGUAUUUGAGUUAUUUGAAAAUCUCACCAUAAUGCCAUACAUUGUAAGAUUCUAUUUUAAAGAUGUAUUUAUCAUGAAUUGUUGUCACUCAAAGUGGACUACGUAUGUUCUAUGGAAUAAAAAUCAGUAUAUUGUUUAA